AUGGAGGAGCAGUUGGUUCUGGUAGAAUUGUCCGGAAUCAUUGAUUCAGACUUCCUCUCAAAAUGUGAAAAGAAAUGCAAGAUUUUGGGGAUUGAUACUGAAAGGCCCAUCCUGCAAUUGGACAGCUAUGUGUUUGCUGGGAAAUAUGAAGGUACGAUCAUGCCAGAUGCUGUUGGAAACUGUGAUAUCUUUGAAGAAGAUAGUGUCGUGCAUGUGGAUCUGGAUGGCAAUAAUAAAACAAUGCUGAAAUAUAAAUGCCAUACAGUAAUGAAGCGCAGCGUGACAAGGACUCUUCUGACUGAAAAGAAGGAAGGGGAAGGAAACACAGGCAAUGUGGAAUGGCUGCAAAUCAAGAGUGAUUUCUCCUGCAGAUCCAACAUGAUUUGUAGCUUUGUGCAUGAAAAUGAAGAAGUUGUACCUGCAACCUUGGAGAAGCCUUGGGAGUUGAAACAGCCAGAGAGUCAAGGCAAAGAGAAUUCCAGCCUGAUUUAUGAUCAGGAGGAAGGACCUGACUUGGAAAUGGAGGAUUCUGAGUCUGUCAUUGCUCUCCCUUCUUCUGAGACAGACACUUCUAUUUUUAUGGAAGCUCAAGACUCUGACUUAGAAAUCACUCCUAGAUGAAAGGUUUCUCACAGUGAUUUGGCCGUGAACUUUCAGGGGUUUUAUGUAG